GCCCCGGCCCGGCUCCGGCCCGCCCGGCCCCGGCCUCGGCCCGCCCGGCCCCGGCUCCGGCCCCCGCCCCCCGGCCGCGCCCCCGGCUCCGGCUCCGGCCCCGGCCCCGGCCCAUGGCGGCCCAGUGCUGCUGCCGCAAGGGGCCGGGGGCCGCGGGGCCCGAGGCCGCGGCGGCUGCGGCUGCUGCUGCUGCUGCUGCUGCGGCCGCCCCGGCGGCCGCCCCGGACGUGGCCUCGGCCGCCAGCUCGCAGCUCUUCCGCCUGCGCCAUCUGCAGCUGGGGCUCGAGCUGCGGCCGGCUGCGCGGGAGCUGGCGGGCUGCCUGGUGCUGGAGCUGUGCGCGCUGCGGCCCGGGCCCCCGGCUCUCGUGCUCGACGCGCACCCCGCCGUGCGCCUCCACUCGGCCGCCUACCGGCCCGCCGCGCCAGGCCAGCCGCCCUGCGCCUUCGCCUUCGCGCCCGACCCGGACCCGGCCCCGGCCCCGGAGGUGGAUCCGGCCCCGGAGUUCGGCCCCAGCCCCGCGCCCCAAGCCUCCGCCGAGCGCCCGGGCCCCGCGCCCUGCUGCGCCCCUCCCCGCGGCCUGGCCCCAGCCGAGCCGCCCGACCCUGCGCCCGGCCCCCGCCCCGACGCCGGCCAGCCGCCGGAUCCUGCGCCCGGACGCUCCCCCGACGCCGGCCAGCCGCCGGCCCCCGCGCUCGGCCCCUGCCCGGACGCCGGCCAGCCGCCCGGCCCUUCGCUCGGACGCACCCCCGACGCCGGCCAGCCUCCGGACCCCGAGCCGCCCCCGGCGCCCAGCCUCCCGCCGCCCCUGCCCACUUUCCCGGGCGCGCCGCCGGGGCCCUGCCACCCUCUGCUCUUCCGGGUGGAGCCCUUCACGGACUACGGCUCGUCCCUGACCAUCAGCCUGCCCGGCGCUCUGCAGCCCCACCAGCCCUUCCACAUCGUGCUGCGCUACACCAGCAGCGACGCCCCCGCCAUAUGGUGGCUGGAUCCCGAGCUGACCUACAGCAAUUCCAAGCCAUUUGUCUUCACCCAAGGCCACUCGGUGUGCAACCGCUCCUUUUUCCCCUGUUUCGACACACCCGCAGUGAAAUGCACUUACUCUGCAACGGUCAAGGCUCCCGCCGGGGUCCAGGUGCUGAUGAGCGCCACCCAAAGUGCCUACCUGGAGAAGGAGGGCGUGUACCAGUUUCACAUGGAGUAUCCAGUGCCCGCCUACCUGGUGGCACUGGUAGCGGGAGAGCUCGUGCCAGCUGACAUCGGGCCCAGGAGCAGAGUAUGGGCUGAGCCUUGUCUGUUGUCCACGGCCACGAGCAAACUGUCUGGGCUGGUGGAACAGUGGCUGAGCAUAGCAGAGAAGCUCUACGGGCCCUACCUGUGGGGCAGGUAUGACAUUGUCUUCCUCCCCCCCUCUUUCCCAAUCGUGGCGAUGGAGAACCCCUGCCUGACCUUCAUCAUCUCCUCCAUCCUGGAGAGUGAUGAGUUUCUCAUCAUUGACAUCAUCCAUGAAGUGGCCCACAGCUGGUUCGGCAACGCGGUCACCAACGCCACAUGGGAGGAGAUGUGGCUGAGUGAGGGGUUGGCCACCUACGCCCAGCGCCGCAUCACCACUGAGACCUACGGCGCUGCCUUCACGUGCCUGGAGACAGCGUUCCGCCUCGACGCUCUCCAUCGGCAGAUGAAGCUCCUUGGGGAGGACAACCCAGUCAGCAAGCUGCAGGUCAAGCUGGAGCCAGGAGUGAAUCCCAGCAACCUCAUGAACUUGUUCACCUACGAGAAGGGCUACUGCUUUGUCUACUACCUGUCGCAGCUCUGCGGAGACCCCCAGCACUUUGACUCCUUCCUUCGAGCCUACGUGGAGAAGUACAAGUUUACCAGUGUUGUUGCCCAAGAUCUUUUGGAUUCUUUCCUGAAUUUCUUUCCUGAGCUGAAGGAACAGAGUGUGGACAGCAAAGCAGGGCUGGAGUUUGAGCGCUGGCUCAAUGCCACGGGGCCUCCUCUCGCUGAGCCAGACUUAUCACAGGGCUCCAGCCUGACCAGGCCAGUGGAGACCCUGUUCCGGCUAUGGACGGCAGAGCCCCUGGACCAGGCAGCCGCUUCAGCCAGCAGCAUUGACAUCACCAAGUGGAAGACAUUCCAGACUGUGCUGUUCUUGGAUCGACUGCUAGAUGGGUCCCCACUGCCCCAGGAAGUGGUGAUACGGCUGUCUAAGUGUUACUCCUCAUUGCUGGACUCCAUGAAUGCUGAGAUUCGCAUCCGGUGGCUCCAGAUCGUUGUCCGGAAUGACUACUACCCAGACCUCUACAAAGUCCGGCGCUUCUUGGAGAGCCAGAUGUCCCGCAUGUACACCAUCCCGCUCUAUGAGGAUCUCUGCACUGGGGCCCUCAAGUCCUUCGCCUUGGAAGUUUUCUACCAGACCCAGGGCCGGCUGCACCCCAACCUCCGUAAAACCAUCCAGCAGAUCCUGGCCCAGGGCCUGGCCUCUCCUGCCCCCACGGACACCCCCACCCUGGCCAUUGCCACAGACACCCCAGCCUUGCUGCUGGAGGACAAGCCCCCCGAAGCCACGAAUGGUGCCAUCUCUCUCAGGGACGUCAAUGUGUCUGCCUAGCCCGGCCCCUGGUUCUGGGGCGGCCCCCAGGCCCCCGCGGGAGUCUCUUGGUCUGGGAUUGCUUGGCAGUUCCAGCUACCGAGCUGAAUGUGCCUUCCCACGCCCAUCCUGGAUGGGGCUCUGGGUAUUUUCCGAGUGGAAGCUGGAGGGGGGUCCUGGAGGAUUACAGUGGGCACCCUGAAGCCCUCCCUGGACCUGGAGCAGGGGCUUGUAGGCAGGGCUCCCGGCAAGAACUCCUUGGUACUCUGAGAAGUCUGCCCAGCAGCCGUCCAGGGAUGGGCUUUUGUCAAGAGGCACUUGGCCACUUACCUCAGGGUUCAGGGUUGUUGAGGGCAUGGGAGGGAUUCUCUGCCCCCUUGGGAAACAAGCAACCUCAUUACCACUUCCUGGGGUGGUGAGAAGCCAGGAGGGUCUCCUGCGAAAGGGCCAGACCCCUUGAGCCGUGCCCCUCCCCAACUGCCCCGAGUUUGCACUUGUAGAGUCUGCAGCUGGGCCUUCCUCCUAUGAGGGAGGCCUGAGACGUGUCUCGUGAUGGGGCUGGGGGCAGAGCAGGUGAGCACGACCCUCCCUGCCCCUCCCCCCAGGCUGCUCCUGCAGGGAGGCCUUGGAGCAGCCAGGCCUGGUUUCUUACUCUCUGUCUGUCUCUCUCUCCUCCCCUCCCCUCCCUGACCCUGACGACCGCCACACUGUGCCUUACGUCUGCCCGUGAAGGCGUAGGAUGAGCCUUUUUCUAGACAUGACCCCCUGGAGCCCAGACUCCUGUCUCCCCUUCCUCCAUUCCUGACUCUCCUUUGGGGACAAUUUACAAGCCAGCCUUGGGGGUGGGCUUUCUGUGCUGAGGCUGGCCCACGGAGAGAGGGGUAGAUGAGAGGCUCCUGGAGCCAGACCCUUGCCCCAAGAUUUCCAGAAGGCAGAGACGGUCAGCCAACCUCCCCCCAUUCCCGCCCCCCCCCCAUGCUACCCAGGUGAGAUAGGAAGUCAGAUUGAGGAGGGCACCCACGAGGAGGAGGGUCAUGGGUGGGUGGGUAAGAUGUCGGUACCUUCCCAGCCCUUGGAGUCUCCAGCCAAGGUCAGGGAACCACCACGCUCGGUCAAACAGGAAGAUGUAGCCUGGCUGCCCCAGGCCCCUUGCCUCCAUGGGAUGGUUGACGGAGACUAAACACCCUGCCUUUUAUCUAUCUACACCUUGGCUUUAGUUCCAUCUGGGAGCCAGACUGGCAUGGAAGCAAUAAGACCGCCCCCCCCCCCCCCCCCCCCCCCGCCGAAGGAUAGGUCCCCACAGGACUCCUUCCCAGCCAUGCCCCUCCCCCUGCCCCUUGCCCCAACUCACGCCAACCCUGUGAUGCAUAGUUGACUUCAUUCCCCUGUCUACAGGGAAUCAUGUCAGGGAGGGGAACAUGCAACUUGGCCUUGCUGUUCCCCAUUGAAUAGAAACUGAAUGGGGAGGUACCUCCUCCCCAGGGCCCUUGGCCUUCCCACUGAGGGGUCCUAAGCCCCAGACACCACUUCUAGGGGCCGUGUCCUAACUGGAAGCGGCCACCGUGAAAGCCAGCCCUGAAGGAGAGCCUGUCCCACCACCAGCCUAGCCAAGAACCAGUCAGAUUGGCAUGAAAGCCUUAUGCUGUUACCAGUCAUCAUCCAGUUAAACCAUGCUCUGCCUCCUCACCCUCAGUAGUGGGGUUCACACCCUCCUGGGGUGGGGGCACAGACUGGCUAACUUACCAUAAAGCUCCUUCCUGUGAUUAACCUGAGGGGAGAGGCUUUGCAUUACUAACCACAGCCUCCUUCCUCACAGGAGACUUCUGACAGCCACUAGGACUGUGCCACUGCUGCCUUGGGGCAGGUAGUGGGGUGGGCAGGAAGAAUUGGAAAGAUGAGAGGAAGGUGGUCCCUGUAUUGUGUGAGCGCCCACAUGGCCAGCUCUAGAGACCAGGCCCGUGGGGGCCCUGGCGGGUUCCCCAAGGCUGGGGGCUGAGCGGGGAAGGAAGGGUAGGAUACGGGAGAGAAAGGAGUGAGAAGGGCCCAAGCUGAAGUGGUUGGCAUCCAUGCCUGUUGGGGGGCAUCCUGCCCCAGCAGAUGCUUCCCCCUCAAUUCCUCUUGUGAUUUCAGCAGGGACACAUCCUUCUCCUAACCCUGCUUGCUCCAGACAAGAGGCCCUGAGGGCAUGACAGCCACCUUGGCCCCAGCAUUGACCUUCCAUUCCUGGUCAAACCUUUCAAGGGAGUGGCCUUUGCUGCUCUGUCUACUCCACCAAUUCCUACUAGACUGUAAGCUCCACGGGGGCAGACAUUGUGUCUUAUCGAAAUUUUGUAUCUCCCACUGAACCUAGUACCAUGCUCUGCACACAGUUGGUGCUUAAUAAAUGUUGAGUUGAA